AUGUCGGCUUCUAAGGUUAAGACGGGUCAGCUCUGGAACAAGAGCAAGGAGGACUUAUUGAAGACUCUCGGAGAGCUCAAGACCGAGCUCGGCCAGCUCCGCAUUCAGCAGGUCGUUUCAAGCGGUAGCAAGCUCAACAAGAUUCACGAUCUACGAAAGUCUAUCGCCCGUGUCCUCACAGUCGUGAACCUUAAGCAACGAUCACAGCUACGUUUGUUCUACAAGAACAAGAAGUACCUCCCUCUGGACCUCCGACCUAAGCAGACCCGCGCCAUCCGCCGCCGACUGUCGCCUGAAGAGAAGUCCAAGACCCUCGAGAAGACACGCAAGCGAGCCUCGCAUUUCCCCCAGCGAAAGUACGCUGUCAAGGUACGCUGA